UAGGCACAGCCAGCGUCUCAGUUCCGCAAUGCAAAGCGGUAUCUCUCUCAGAAUGUAAGCAGGAUGUGUCAUUACUGGCGUUAUGGAUCUACAAAGCGAGCUGCUGAAGUCCAUCUGGUACGCGUUCACGUCUCUGGAUGUAGAGCAGAGCGGAAAAGUGUCCAAGUCGCAACUGAAGGUUCUCUCGCACAAUCUCUAUACGGCGCUGAAUAUUCCUCAUGAUCCUGUGGCGUUAGAGGAGCACUUUAAGGACAAUAACAAUGGGCCUGUGUCCAACCAAGGCUACAUGCCCUACCUCAACAAAUACAUCCUGGCAAAGGCCACAGAGGGGACGUUCAGUAAGGAAACCUUUGAUGAGCUGUGCUGGACGUUGACAUCAAAGAAGAACUGCAAACCCAGCAUUCAACAGGGCCUGUGUUCACAGAAAGACUGCUUCAAACUCUUCUGUCUGUUCAACCUGCUCUCUGAAGACCGUUAUCCAUUAGUCAUCAUUCAGCCGGAGUUAGAGUACCUGCUGAAGAAAAUCUCCAGUGCAAUGAGCCUGGAGUGGGACGGGACGUUACUGGAGGAACUUUUGUCCCAGAAUGUUACUCUUGAGGACGGCAUGUCAGUGUGGGAGUUCCUGGAGCAUUUGAGUGCUGGCCAGCUUUUGCAUGUUGAGAGUAAGGAGGCCUUCAGUCUCGCUGUGGACGAUGUUUUCAUGGAGAUGUACCACAACAUUAUCAAGAAGGGCUACCUGUUAAAGAAGGGGCACGUUCGCAGGAACUGGCAGGAACGCUGGUUUGUUUUGAAGCCCAGUAGUGUGACAUACUAUGUCAACGAGGACCUGAAGGAAAAGAAAGGAGAGAUCCUGCUGGAGGAGAGCAGUGUAGUGGAGAAUCUCCCCGAUAAAGAAGGGCGACGCUGUCUGUUCUGUGUGAAGACUCCCGUCAGGACCUACGAGAUGAGUGCUUCAAACGUGAAGCAGAGAGUAGACUGGGUACAAGCCAUGCAGACAGCAUUGAGAUUGAGGGCAGAGGGGAAGAACUCUCUCCAUCAGGAGCUGAAAUUGAGCAGACGCAAGCAGAGAGAAACCCUUCAGAGAAGCCAGAGCAACCAGAGCAGCCACAGUGAACCCAUUUCAGUCGAGGCGCCGCUGCACUCUGCUCCAGAGCAGCAGGGGGAGACGGAGAGCUUGGAGCAACACAUUGAAAGCAUCAUUCAAAAACAGAGGGAGGUGGAAGCAAAGCGUAAAGAGGAAGAGAAGCAGGAGCGAGAGAAACAGCAGGCAAUACAGAGAGAUCUGGAGAGACAGCUUGAAGAAGCUAAAGAGGCCAAAGAGAAGAUGACAGCUACAUUGACUGCGAUGGAGAAGGAGGUGCAGCAGCAGAAGAAAAGGAUCCAUGAAUUAGAGCUCACACAAGUUAAACUGGAGGAGGCUCUCAAUGCUCAGAUUCACGACCGUUUAGAAGAAGACAGAAUCCGACAGGAACUGGAGAGGCAACUUGCAGAGGAGCAGAAGAAACUGGCAGAGCUUCUCCUCCAUCAAAGUCAACUGGAAACUCUUGCUGUGAGGAGUCAGGAGGACUCUUCCACCACAACACCUCCCAUCAGUCAGCAAACAGAAGAGAGCAGUCAACACAACACAGAGGAGGUACCUCUCCAUGAAUCGACUUCCACUGCAACACCACCCAACAUCCAGCAACCAGAGCAGAGCGGUCAGCACAACACAGAGAAAGAAUUGCUGAAUCAGUCUACUACCACUCAGAUGCUGAAACACUGGAAGAUUCAGCUUAACCACCUCAUGAAGCCUAUCACACCAGGAGACAAAGUUGAGCAUCUGUCAGUAAAGCCCACCUGCCCCAGACAGGGCCAGGCCCUCACCAGCACAGAGUUCAUUGCUAAGGUUCAAACAGGCAUCAGCCCAGAAAAAGGAAAUGGUUACAACCCAUCACCAACACAAGAAGAGGAAGAACAGGGUUCCUAAAUCUGUGUCCUAAAUCUGUAUAUCUAUGAUGGAUUAGAUUAUACAUGUUUUGUACGGCUGGUUUGCCCUGUGUGUUAGGCUGCAGGUUGAAGUCUUAUCUUAUUAUUUAUGUACAUAGUAAUCAGCUUUUUAUUAUGUACCGUAAUAUGCACAAAAUGAAUAGUAAAAAUAGAUUCAGGAGGCGUUGCACUGUUUGCUGGCAGUAGUCAAACAGACGUUUUAACUCUUUAAAUAAGUGGUUGUCCAUUUCAAGUUUCCCUAUUGGCAAAGAAAAUAUUUUAAAAAUGUUCAGGUGCUUCUGCUGUAAUGAAGACUUUUGUGUAUACAGAAACUAGGAGUUGCGAUAUAUUAAUAUUAAUCAUUAAAAUUCCAGAAGUCUUAUCAUUCAUUAUCUGAACGUUUUCCAGCAUUUACAUUACAAAUGAAUUAACAUGACUUUUCUAGUCAUUUGUGUGUGUGUGUGUGUGUGUGUGUUUUCACCUACUAAUAGCAAUUUCUCACCCAAUAAAAUAUUUUAGAACAUGGCAUAAACAGGAAAUAUGAUCAAAGUCUACUUCAAGUUGUUGAGGCAACAAAUUAAACUAAAAAAUGUCAUCUUACAUUUUGAUCAUUAGUUGUUUUAGCUUAUUUUAAUGAUUUUUUUUUGUGUGUGUCUUGUUUAAAUCAUUUUAGUUCAUCUUAGAAGUUUGCUCUGGGCUCCAGGCCAAGAACCCACCUCUUCAGAUAAUGCACUGGAAUCACAGUUCAUUUUGUGGUUUUGUUAUGAUGUGUAAUUCUAUGUUUGGACAGUAGAGGGGGUGCUUGGUCUGGGCUACAGUU